UCUACCUCAACCUCAACCACUUUGUUAGAUUAUCUGCUUUCUCGAGGACUGCACGCUCAUCGCGAUGCGUCCUUGCACAUGAUACGAUCAUCUCAAACCCUCGACUUCGAUUUUUAUCAGCCGUCACCUGCAUUAGACCAUGACAGUGAUAUCUCCACCAGCCUCCCCCUCGACACCUUCAAGAAAGCGCAAGUCGCUAAGACUGUCCAAUGUCGAUUCAUUAUCUCAAGAAGCUUUCACGAGUCCAUACACGAGUGGAACAACCAAUGGCACGACAUACUCGAGACGGUCGUCACGUACAUCCCAAACCUCCUACCAGCCACGAUCUCCGGUGACACCGCGGCCCAUGUCGGCCAAAUCCUCUAGACCGCCGUCUUUCUCAGUGCAGCGAAGGCCGAGUCGGACGAGUAUACGCAGCGCGAGAAGUAUAGAACAGAUAGGCGAGAAUGGUCUCGGAAAUUUGGCCGAUGAGCUAGAACAAGCCUGGGACGACGAGGACGAGAGUCAACCGAAUUUCCUGGAGGGACUUAGAGAAGGCGAUAUAGAGCAAGAGCCGUCAGCUAUUGGGCUCCAAAGCCCAUACGGAAUCAACGACAUGCACGACUUCGGCUUCGGCAUGGUGGUGCAAAGUCCUCACCCAGCGCAGUACGAUGUGGCGUCGCCCACACUGCAUGUCUUGCCGCAACCCAAAGACCUGCGUUCACCUACGGACACGAGCCGCGGACAUGAGAGGCAUGAAUCUGCCUACGAUGGGUCAGAUUAUGGACCCGAGUCGGACCCCGACGAAGAAGGAGACUUGCUACCCCCAAUUCUCAGAAAGCGCAUACACGACAUCCAGAAGUUGACACGCAUGUGCGUCAACCCCGAGGACGCGGUCAGCGAGGGCGGGGGAACCAUCAAAAGAACAAUUCAAGGCUUGAAAGAUCUCGGCCCCCAAGGAAACAUUGAGUACGGAGUCACACGGCUGAUCACGGCAUAUACCUCGAUGGCAUCCCACCGCACGAACAAGACGCGCGAUCUUUUCACCCAAAGCCACUCGCUCAUGUACGGUGGGAUCAUGAAUCUGCCGGAAGAAAUGAUCGACCUCCUCCUCGACGAAAUCAAGAGUCUCGGCUCGACCGUGCCGUUUCUCAGGCCGCAGAACCCUCUGUUGUCUUUGCAGAUCCUCGCCUCGCAAACAGAAGAGCUGAACCACACCCUCCGCUCGCUGACGGACUUACUACAAGAAUCCCGACUCGCUGCGAACGCGGCCACCCGGAAACUCAAGUCGGUCCGUGAUAUGGUCGAGGACAUGAACGUCGAAGAGGAGCUGGUGGAGAACAGCAUCCUGCUUAUCCAGGCCGGCGACUGGGACCGACGGUGUAGAACACGACAGGCCGCGAAGACGUGCCAGGAAGUCUGCGCGGGAUUCGCAGAUCGUUGGGGUCUGGACGUCAACGUCGACCUGACCGCAAAGCGUAAACCGCCUCAGGAAGUGUCGGUGCGAUCUUAGGGCAUCUUGUUGGAACAUUGCAUUGUUCAAAGCGAAUUUUUUUUUGGCCCGCGUAAUGGUUUUUCAUGAGUGGUUACAGCAUCGAGUACGCAAUUAUGGAUUUGCUUGACUUGGGUCAUCAAGGUAUAUAUAGCACGGGUGCUACUGUUAGAAGGGCGACCCUUGGUAAUACUGUCACUGUCCUGUUGCUUACAGUAAUGAGAAAUACAUACAAGGAUGAAUACCUAUGUAGGUACGUGCAUGGCACAUGUUUAAUCGAACUUUGGGUAGUCAGAGCGUGCCAGAGUUACACUUGUUGAGAG